AAAGCAGAGAUUUAUUGAAAGUGAAAGUACACUUCACAGUGUGGGAGUGAGCCCAAGCAGUAGCUCAAGAACCCCAGAUACAGAAUCUUCUCAGAUCCAAAUACCCUCUAGAGGUUUCCCACUGGCCACCUACUUGGUGUUUGCCUCAUGUAAAUGAGGUGGUGGCCCGCAAACAGAGGCUAAAGUGAAGUUACAAAGUUGCACUUCCAUGCAAAUGAAGAUUGGGCCCACAAUCAGUCUGAUUGGUUGCGGACAGCAAGUUGUCCAGGUUCUUGGCGUUUUGAACAAAUAAUUGGACAAAACGCACAGUAAAGCUAGGAAAGAAUGAAGCAAGGAAAGCAGAGAUUUAUUGAAAGUGAAAGUACACUUCACAGUGUGGGAGCAGGCCGAGCAGCAGCUCAAGGGCCCCAGAUACAGAAUCUUCUCGGGUCCAAAUACCCUCUAGAGGUUUCCCAUUGGCCACGUACUCGGUGCUCACCCCAUGUAAAUGAAGUGGUGGCCCGCAACCAGAGGCUAAAGUGAAGUUACAAAGUUGCACUUCUAUGCAAAAGAAGCCUUGGCCCACAAUCAGUCUGAUUGGUUGGGGACAGUAACCAAUCAGAGGCUGAAGUGAAGUUACAAAGUUACACUCUAUGCAAACAUCUGAUUAGUUGCAGAAAGCAACCAAUCAGAGGCACUUUCAAUUUUCCAGCUGCGGCACAGAAAAGGUGGGGAUUUGCAAAGGGAGUGGCCUCUGGGCCUUUUGUUACUUAGGAGUGGAAAGUUAGGGUUUUCCUUUCCAAAUGGCUCUAGGAAGUCAGUGUGAAACGGCCUUAGGUUCCCUGCUCGCAGACCCUGUUCUCCUGCCUCACUACUAGAGUACAGUGUGCACUUCCUAAAAACAGAAGCACUUUUGCUAAUAAUUUUAACUUGACACAAAAGUAGGGUGAUCAGAUAAAAUACCCUUAUGUCCCAUGUAAUAGUUGGAAUGUACUUAUACUAAAAAAUUAUUCAUUGAUCAUCUGAAAUUAAAAUUUACCUGGGCAUACUGUACUUUUAUUUGCUAUAUCUGACAAUCUUAUACAGAAGUCGUCAUGGGAAACUCAGAAAAGGCUGUCCAAAUUAUUUUGGCAGAGAGGAGUGGAAGAAACAAAUGCCAUUUAGGUUGGGUGCAGUGGCUCACACCUGUAAUCCCAGCACUUUGGGAAGCCAAGGUGGAUCACGAGGUCAGGAGAUGGAGACCAUCCUGGCCAAUAUGGUGAAACCCCAUCUCUACUAAAAAUACAAAAAUUAGCUGGGCGGGGUGGUGCAUGCCUGUAACCCCAGCUACUGGAGAGGCUGAGGCAGGAGAAUCGCUUGAACCAGGGAGUCAGAGGUUGCAGUGAGCCAAGAUGGCGCCACUGCACUCCAGCUUGGCGACAGAGUGAGAUUGUUUCAAACACAAAAGAAAAAGAAAGAAAGACACAAAUGGCAUUAAAAAAAUUUAAAAAACAAAAACAAAAACCUGUGGGGCCGGGCCUGGUGGCUCACGCGUGUAAUCCCGGCACUGGGGGACACCAAGGCAGGUGGAUCACCUGAGUUCAGGAGUUCGAGAACAGCCUAGCCUGGCCAACAUGGUGAAACCCCAUCUCUACUAAAAAUACAAAAAUUAGCUGGGCGUGAUGGCUGGCACCUGUAAUCCCAGUUACUUGGGAGGCUGAGGCACGAGAAUCGCUUGAACCUGGAAGGCGGAGGUUGCAGUGAGCUGAGAUCCUGCCACUGCACUCCAGCCUAGGCAACAGCGAGACUCUGCUGCAUUUAAAAAAAAAAAUUGUGGUAAAAUAUACAUAAUAGAAAACUUACCGUCUAACCAUUUUUAAGUGUACACUUCUGUGACAUUAGCAUAUUUGCAUUGUUGUGCAGUCAUCACCAUUCAUCCCAACUUUUUCACCAACCCAUACUGAAACCGUAUGCCAUUAAACAGUAAAUCCCCAUCCCUCCUUCUGCAGACUCUCUCUACAACUACUGCUCUACUUUCUGUCUCUAUGAGUAUGACAGCACCAUAGUAUUGGCGGUAAAUCAGAGUUGGCAAAUGCAAUCUGAAGCAGAGGAGAGAGUCAUAUCCCUCAAGUUUUACAGUCCCAUUAUAAGUAUUAGUACUUUGAGAAAAGGACCAUCACGAUCAUGGGGAGAAUGAAGGAAAAACUCCAUUUCUUUCCAGUUUGCAACUGGAAUUGUCACUUUCGUCUUUCGGCACGACAGCGCCCAGGCCACAAAAGCCCACAGGGCAGGGCCUCCAUUUUGUGGCCUGCGUGGAGGGCGGGGCGGUCUCUCUCCGCCACGCCCCGGCACCGGGUACACACCGCAGCCACGUAACCAAGGAACCCCGAGUGAGUCGUUGGCCAGGUGAGGCCGGAUCCGGAAGUAGGGGGACCACUUCGCCUCGCGUCCGAGCCCCGCCCCGGCCCCUCCCACCAGACCCAGGCCGACCUAGAUGACGUGUCGGAGUAGGAGUUGGCGAGGUGCGGCCGGCCGGCCGGCCCUGCGCAUGCGUGAUACUUGCACCGGUCGAGAUGGAAGCAUGAGUCUGGAGGUCAUUUUCUUUGAGAAAGGCUCCGCUUCUCCGGGUUUUUGCUGAUGCCGAUCCCGGGGGAUUGAGGAAACAUCGAGCUCUGGAGUGGAAAAGAUCACUAAAAAGCUUCUCCUUGAAAAAUACUCAGAAGAUGCAACACACACACACACGUGUGUGCACUUACACACGCGGACACCGUCUCACAUCAUCAGUGGGAAAAGUGAUAGAAUCUUGCUAAAGGCUGAUCAUAUCAUAUUAAUCCGAUUCGCCAGAACUACUUUCUUCACUGAGCUCUCAGCCUGCUCCCAACCAGGUGUCUCCAGAACUUUUUCUCUCCGCCACCAACUCCGCCUCCAGACAGACCGCAGGUGCUUUCUGUCAUAGGGACUGGCGUGCCGCGGACCGUGUGACAAAGAAACUGUAUGAUGGAUAUGAGAAAUUCGUAAGACCCAGCAGCAAACGGGGAGCGGCUGGCGAGCGCUCCACAGCCCCCAAGCGUGGGAGCUCUAGAUCGGAAUUUGGAAUUUGGAAUUGGAACGUGAGCGCCGGAACAGCUCUCCCAGCAACCACCUCUCCCAGCAACCACCUCAGCUGGCGCGCGGAAAACCCGGAAAGUGGAUUUGGCCCCCGCUCCCUCCCGGAAACUCCUCCUGGUGCCUGCGACCGUUCUCACUGAGCAUGUGCAGACGGCGGUGCGCAUGCUCUGUCGGGGUCCGCUUCGGUUUCUGUUGCGGGACCCAGGGUGUCUCCUAGCGCAACCGGAACUAGCCGUCCGGGGGCCGGCUUCCUUUAUCUCCGGCGGCCUUGUAGUCGUCUCCGAGACUCCCCACCCCUCCUUCCCUCUUGACCCCCUAGGUUUGAUUGCCCUUUCCCCGAAACAACUAUCAUGAGCGCGAGGCUGCCGGUGUUGUCUCCACCUCGGUGGCCGCGGCUGUUGCUGCUGUCGCUGCUCCUGCUGGGAGCGGUUCCUGGCCCGCGCCGGAGCGGCGCUUUCUACCUGCCCGGCCUGGCGCCCGUCAACUUCUGCGACGAAGAAAAAAAGAGCGACGAGUGCAAGGCCGAAAUAGAACUAUUUGUGAACAGACUUGAUUCAGUGGAAUCAGUUCUUCCUUAUGAAUACACAGCGUUUGAUUUUUGCCAAGCGUCAGAAGGAAAGCGCCCAUCUGAAAAUCUUGGUCAGGUACUAUUCGGGGAAAGAAUUGAACCUUCACCAUAUAAGUUUACGUUUAAUAAGAAGGAGACCUGUAAGCUUGUUUGUACAAAAACAUACCAUACAGAGAAAGCUGAAGACAAACAAAAGUUAGAAUUCUUGAAAAAAAGCAUGUUAUUGAAUUAUCAACAUCACUGGAUUGUGGAUAAUAUGCCUGUAACGUGGUGUUACGAUGUUGAAGAUGGUCAGAGGUUCUGUAAUCCUGGAUUUCCUAUUGGCUGUUACAUUACAGAUAAAGGCCAUGCAAAAGAUGCCUGUGUUAUUAGUUCAGAUUUCCAUGAAAGAGAUACAUUUUACAUCUUCAACCAUGUUGACAUCAAAAUAUACUAUCAUGUUGUUGAAACUGGGUCCAUGGGAGCAAGAUUAGUGGCUGCUAAACUUGAACCGAAAAGCUUCAAACAUACUCAUAUAGAUAAACCAGACUGCUCAGGGCCCCCCAUGGACAUAAGUAACAAGGCUUCUGGGGAGAUAAAAAUUGCCUAUACUUACUCUGUUAGCUUCGAGGAAGAUGAUAAGAUCAGAUGGGCAUCUAGAUGGGACUAUAUUCUGGAGUCUAUGCCUCAUACCCACAUUCAGUGGUUUAGCAUAAUGAAUUCCCUGGUCAUUGUUCUCUUCUUAUCUGGAAUGGUAGCUAUGAUUAUGUUACGGACACUGCACAAAGAUAUUGCUAGAUAUAAUCAGAUGGACUCUACGGAAGAUGCCCAGGAAGAAUUUGGCUGGAAACUUGUUCAUGGUGAUAUAUUCCGUCCACCUAGAAAAGGGAUGCUGCUAUCAGUCUUUCUAGGAUCCGGGACACAGAUUUUAAUUAUGACCUUUGUGACUCUAUUUUUCGCUUGCCUGGGAUUUUUGUCACCUGCCAACCGAGGAGCGCUGAUGACGUGUGCUGUGGUCCUGUGGGUGCUGCUGGGCACCCCUGCAGGCUAUGUUGCUGCCAGAUUCUAUAAGUCCUUUGGAGGUGAGAAGUGGAAAACAAAUGUUUUAUUAACAUCAUUUCUUUGUCCUGGGAUCGUAUUUGCUGACUUCUUUAUAAUGAAUCUGAUCCUCUGGGGAGAAGGAUCUUCAGCAGCUAUUCCUUUUGGGACAUUGGUUGCCAUAUUGGCCCUUUGGUUCUGCAUAUCUGUGCCUCUGACGUUUAUUGGUGCAUACUUUGGUUUUAAGAAGAAUGCCAUUGAACAUCCAGUUCGAACCAAUCAGAUUCCACGUCAGAUUCCUGAACAGUCGUUCUACACCAAGCCCUUGCCUGGUAUUAUCAUGGGAGGGAUUUUGCCCUUUGGCUGCAUCUUUAUACAGCUUUUCUUCAUUCUGAAUAGUAUUUGGUCACACCAGAUGUAUUACAUGUUUGGCUUCCUAUUUCUGGUGUUCAUCAUUUUGGUUAUUACCUGUUCUGAAGCAACUAUACUUCUUUGCUAUUUCCACCUAUGUGCAGAGGAUUAUCAUUGGCAAUGGCGUUCAUUCCUUACCAGUGGCUUUACUGCAGUUUAUUUCUUAAUCUAUGCAGUACACUACUUCUUUUCAAAACUGCAGAUCACGGGAACAGCAAGCACAAUUCUGUACUUUGGUUAUACCAUGAUAAUGGUUUUGAUCUUCUUUCUUUUUACAGGAACAAUUGGCUUCUUUGCAUGCUUUUGGUUUGUUACCAAAAUAUACAGUGUGGUGAAGGUUGACUGAAGAAGUCCAGUGUGUCCAGUUAAAACAGAAAUAAAUUAAACUCUUCAUCAACAAAGACCUGUUUUUGUGACUGCCUUGAGUUUUAUCAGAAUUAUUGGCCUAGUAAUCCUUCAGAAACACCGUAAUUCUAAAUAAACCUCUUCCCAUACACCUUUCCCCCAUAAGAUGUGUCUUCAACACUAUAAAGCAUUUGUAUUGUGAUUUGAUUAAGUAUAUAUUUGGUUGUUCUCAAUGAAGAGCAAAUUUAAAUAUUAUGUGCAUUUGUAAAUACAGUAGCUAUAAAAUUUUCCAUACUUCUAAUGGCAGAAUAGAGGAGGCCAUAUUAAAUAAUACUGAUGAAAGGCAGGACACUGCAUUGUAAAUAGGAUUUUCUAGGCUCGGUAGGCAGAAAGAAUUAUUUUUCUUUGAAGGAAAUAACUUUUUAUCAUGGUAAUUUUGAAGGAUGAUUCCUAUGGUGUGUUCAUCAGGGGAAUGUGGCUUUUAAAGAAAAUCUUGUAUUGGCUGUAACUGUUCAUAUCUUCUUACUUUUCUGUGUUGACUUCAUUAUUCCCAUGGUAUUGGCCUUUUAAACUAUGUGCCUCUGAGUCUUUCAAUUUAUAAAUUUGUUAUCUUAAUAAAUAUUAUAAAAAUGUC